AGCGGCUGCGGGGAGCGGGGCCGGCGGUCACGUGGUUCCGAGGUCAAAGCACCCAAAUCAGUUCCGAAUCAUAUUGGUUGAGCAGAGCUCAAUCGGUCCAAAAGCCUUAUCGAUGGACCAGGCAGGACUCAAUCAUUCUGAAUGCUGUGUAUGGUGCUACAACUGGUGAACAUCCUCCUUCCCAGACCAAUUACUCUGGGACUUAAGAUGCUCCCAAACCCAUUGGCAGGUAUCCUACGUGUAGGUCCAAGCAAGCUCAGAGGUCUUGGGGUUUGGAUGCCCCCAUCAUACUUGAUUUGAUUCAAAAGGCUGAGAAAUGAUUUUUGGUCAACCCAUUCUUAUGACUGCUUGCUUCAAAACAAGGAGAUGUUUCAACUUUGACUCUGUUCUCACUCACUCCCUGGCAAGUUACAGGAAGCAGUAUAAAGAACUUUAAAUUGGAAGAUGAAAGGCAGUGUUACCGAGGAACGGCUCUAUUUGGACUUCUCCCAUCAAUAUGAAGAUUGCAUCUUUCCUCUUCAUUCAUCUGUAGCCUUAUUUUUGCUCUCCUACUGUGACUGCAAAUUAUUCAAAGUUUUCUUAGUGCCUGCUGGUGAAAGUGCAGAUGACCAGCUUGAGGGCAAAGCAUUGCCUAGUGAUCCCAAGCUGCACUUCACCUCAAGGUGUCAGCUUCCUUUAGUAGUCCAGAACUGCUGUUUGCCUGCUAUUGUGGGGAAAGAUGGCAAAUUCUGUCGAGCUGGUCUUGCUGUUGUGCUGAGGCACAUAGUACAGAAAACAUAUGAGGCCAACCCAUCAAAUAAGGAAGCUUUAGAACUUUUGGGAUUUAAAAAAACCUGCUUAAAAGCCUGUGCUGAAGUUAGCCAGUGGACCAGACUUUGUGAAAUCAGCAUCCCUCUGGCUGUUGAGAGCUUUUUGAGCGCAUCUCCUGAACAGUGUCAGACCAUUCCACCUGAGGUUUUGCAGCUUGAGAAAAAGCUUGGAGAACCUGUCAGGGUGCACAAUGAUGACAAAAUCCGAAGGCAGAAACUGCAGCAGCAAAAUACAGCUGACAACACUGCUUUGCCGCCUGCAUUUGCAAUGAGAAGCACAGAAGAAGGAAUAAUAGAAGAAAAGCAGGAUCAAACACUCGCAAGCUUGGAACUGAGUGUGGCUUUCUCCAAAUUAACUGUGCAGGAAGUACCAGCUACAACCAACAGGGAGCCCCCUCUCAUCAGGAAAACAAAAACCUCUGACCUCCCACCCUUGGAGCAUAGUUUUGCUGAAGGGCUUUAUUUUACCCUGGCAGACCUUGUGCUUUUACCAUGCAUCCAUCAAUUCCUGCUCUUCAGCAAGAAGCAGAACAGAAAACUAUUAGAUUUGCCUCUGAUAUUGGGCUGGUACCAAAGAGUUCAGAAAGUACCUGGAGUAAAGGCAGCUGCUUCUAAGAGCAAUAUGCAGUUUCUCCAGUUUCCAGACUUGCUGUCUUCCCCAGAAGAGCAACUUCAAGAUUUUAGUACAUUUUCUGAUGGGUCAGAAGAGGACCAUGAAGACAAACAGUUUAUAGGUGGUCCAAGGCCAACCAUGACAAAGUUAAUGGAAAGAGGCAUUGAAGCAAAAUUUUCUCCUCACCCAACCCCAUGCUGGACACUGGACUGGAGCGAUCUACCAGCAGCAGUUAAUCCUGGAGAAGGAAAGAUGUCCAGCGAGCGUGCUUUGAGGAAACAGCAGCAACUGAACAAUUUGGUGGCUAUGGUGACAAACCUCAGUAAACCUGGAGAUGUGAUUGUGGAUUUUUGCAGUGGAGGGGGCCACGUUGGGAUUGUUCUUGCUCACAUGCUGCCAUCUUGCCAGGUGGUGCUAAUAGAAAAUAAAGAGUUGUCAUUGGUUCGUGCUAAAGACAGAAGCGAUGAACUAGAAUUAAAUAACAUUUGCUUCAUUCAAGCAAAUCUGGACUAUUUUAAAGGGACUUUUAAUAUUGGGGUUGCUCUGCAUGCUUGUGGAGUGGCAACGGAUAUGGUGAUUGAGCACUGCAUCAAGGCUCACGCAGCCUUUGUUAUCUGUCCUUGUUGUUACGGUUUCAUUCAGAACACAGCAAAGUUUACAUUUCCACGAAGUCAUCAGUUCAAGGAAGUUCUAUCCUAUAAGGAGCACAUGAUUCUCUGCAGAUUUGCAGAUCAGACAGCUGUCCAGCUUCCACCCGAACGCAAGAUAAUAGGAAAACAGUGUAUGGGGCUGGUGGACCUGGAUCGGGCAUGGGCUGCAGAAGCAAACAACUAUUCUGUCGAAGUGAUAUCCAUGGAGCCAGAGAGUUGCUCCCCAAAGAACAACAUGGUAGUUGGUGUCCCUGUUUAGAGUAAGGGAUUUAUAUUUAAUUUUAACUUAAGCAUCAGUCCUCAUGAUCAAAGCCUGAUGACAUCUAGGGAAUUGAAACCAUAGCUAGGAACCAGACAUCAAACAUCUUGAACCCAUUGUCUUGGUAAAAGGAAGCAGGAAAAAAUUUGGAAAGUCAGCUGCCUGCAGAGCGUCACAAAUCUUCCUUGUAACUAUUGUUUUUAGAGCAUCCCCUGACUUCCCACCUAGCUCUGGAGUAACAUCCAUCAGCAAAGGUUCAACAAAGUUUGGUUUUAUUGCUGAAAGGAUGAUUUCUUUUUAAUAUUGGCCUCCCUACUGGUCUUACAUUUGAAGUUGUAUCUCAGGAAAAGAUACACAUUCACAGGCUGAGCACGCUUCUGGCACUAACAUAGACCUGCAGAUGGGCAGUAAAAGUUACUGACUGCAUGGUAGUCUAAUUUUAAAAUAUCUAGUCACAUUUACAGCACGACAGGGUAGACUGUACAGUGGAGUGCACACUUCACAUGUGUUGAUUUUCGCUGUAAAUUUUCUACCCUGUUGUAACUGCACUGUUUUUCAUAAAAAUCUUUGAAAUACUGUUCACCCAACAAGGACACUCCUCCAGAGAGUUAGAUUGCACGUUUGAAAGAGCCACUCAGAUACCACGUGAAGAACUGCUGCAGUACAGAAGAAAAACCCCCACAAAUCGCACACCUCUGGUUAUGACAUAUCACCCCUCCCUUGAACCUCUAUGGAAAAUCCUCAAACAAUUGCAACCCAUACUAGAAAGUGACCCAAUUCUUAAAAAGAUCUUCCCAGAGCCACCCAUCGUAGCCUUCAAACAAGCACGGAACCUCACUAACCUCUUCACCAGAAGCAAACUUCCUCAAUCCCAGAACACACCAAAAGGAUCCAGAACGUGCCAUGACAAGAAAUGCAAAACCUGCCAACACAUCUCCACCACCUCCACUAUUACUACACCCCACAACAGAGCCAUCAGCAUCCCUGGAUCUUCCAGCUGCACCUCCAAAAAUGUAAUAUAUCUCAUCCAAUGCACCAAAUGCCCUGAUGGAAAAUACAUAGGAGAGACCAAACAACUGUGCACCAGAAUGAACGCACACCGGAAAUCUAUCAGACAGAAAUACCCAAUUACCGGUGGGGGCACAUUUCUCACAAGAAAACCACUCUGUCUCCAAUCUCUCAGUCCUGAUCCUCAAAGGAAACUUACACAACACUUCCCAGAGACGAGCCUAUGAACUCUACUUCGUCAACCUCCUGGAUAUUAAAAAUCAUGGACUAAAUAUAGACAUUGGAUUUAUGACACAUUAUAACCUGCCUGACAUCUGACUCCCCAGGUAUCUCUCCACUGUUCAUCCCCCUUCUCUCCCCUCCCCCCCCACCUGUCUCUCACCCAUUGACUCCUCAAUCUAUGUUUUCACUGACUACCUGUCUUGUAUGCAUACCAGCCCAGCUGCUGGCUUCUUUACUUUUCAUUCCAUCCAGGAAGAGCACACACCAACUGCUGAAACUUCCUUAGGCCAACAAAGGGUUUUUGAACCCAAAAGCUUGUUUAAUAAUUGUUUUCCAACUAUUUAAGUUGGUCUAAUAAAAGAUAUCAGAUUCACCCAAAGAACCUUGUCUGCCUAUGUCCUUAGACCAGCACGGCUACAACCUACACCCCUGCUCACCAAAGAUACAUUUUUAAUUUCAGGUUUUUUUUUUUAACAUUUAACAUUUUUUUGGACAUGGAACAUGAGGAUUUUGAGCUCAGGAGUAUGAAAGAGCAGACAGUGGGAGAGGAGUUUGAUACUAUAUGGACUUCCUAGUACUUCAUUGCCAUUUCUACCAACCAGGAUAUGUUCUCUUUAGCUUGGUAGAGCCAUUGACAAUGCUAGCUAAUGUUUUUCCAUUAUUGAAACUAAUAAAUAUGUUUGGAGAUGCUGCAUUUUUACUUCCAUUAUCCUCAGUUUAUUUUUUCCUUUACAGUAUGUACAAAGUUGCAGCAAGAAAACCAUGUGACAAUAUCAUCCAUGCAUAUGUUACAUUAAAAGAAAAAUAAAUCUGUUGUGUUCCAACUGGUA